CACGAAGAUUCUCCCCAUCGUCUUCGCCACUUUUCAUCUUUUUGCACACCACAACUACACAGAUCUUGACAUGGCUUCGACAUUAGCUAUAGGCGCUGGCAUCGCGGUUGCCGCUUUCCUGGGUCGUGCCGGUCUUGUCGCCCUUCGGCAGUCCCGUGGUGCUGCCGGCGCGUUAGGUCGGUCCUUCUACAAAGGUGGUUUUGAACCCACGAUGAACAGACGCGAAGCUGCGCUCAUCCUCGAAGUCCCGGAACGAGGUGUAACAAAGGAGCUCAUUCGCAAGAAGCACCGCCAGCUUAUGCUCCUGAAUCACCCUGAUAGAGGAGGAAGCCCGUACAUUGCGGCGAAAGUUAACGAAGCGAAGGCUUUCUUAGAAAAGGGGACAUAAGACCAACGCGUUGGGACUGAGGUCAUGACGUGCAAAUGUGUUUAAAAAAAUAAAAACACCGUGUAAUAUUGUGUUGUACGAUUGAUACUUGCAUGCAGCGCCGGCGUUUAUGGAUGGGAGGAGACCGUCAUUUCGCAUUGGAGGAGCGGCUUUGUGAGAAAGGAACUUCGGGAAAGGUGCCUAGACGCACGCGAAUCACCACUCGACAUGCUUGUAGCUGAACGAGUUUAUCAUUAAGGUCUGAGAGUAUGUACAGACACAAAUGCACUUUGCUUCGUUCUGCGCA